UAAUCAUCUUAUUGACCGGUUGCUGGACGAACUUGUUGCCGUUCCGUGCAUUUUCGGUCUCAGAUCGUAUAUGUUCGAUCGUUUCUCUGAUGGCCGCUGCGCGUUGAGGGCGCCUCUGUGCACUUGUUUAGCGUCUCGCAAUGCGACGUUGCCAACUUUAUUGACUUUAAGUACAAAUGAAGACAAAACGUACGCGCGUGGAGUAGAACUUAGAGCCGGUAGCUUUUUGAUUAUAUACGGGAAACUUGAACAUUCUCGUUAAUAAUUAGUUAAAUUAUAGUGAAAACUGGUGUAUAACACUUAAGAUUAGUAACUCUUUGUCAUAAAAUCUUAAUUGUGUAAGGUGUUAGUGAUAAAAGUUAAGAUAUUAUACUAAAACUAAAUAUUAAUCGUGUAAGUGAAGAUAUGUAAACAGUUUUGAAACGGACAUGAAUUUUAUACAUUCUGACAUAGAAUAACACAAAGAAAAAUUUGAAGUAGCUACUUGCUGCAGGGCAUAAAGAAACUGGUUGUUCGGCGAUUGUAAAAUGGGGGACCGAGGCGCGACGGGGGGCGCUUGGGGUGCGCGCGACGAGGCCUCGUGGUGGUCGGGUGGCGCAGGUGAACUACAGCACCAACAACAAUUAAAUGAAGAAAUUGCAAGAAGCACAGCCGCUACCACGCACCAAUUAUUUACAUACAAAAUGGCUGGUGGAUUUUCGAAUAACAGUGGAGAUAAUUCUACAACUAAUUAUGAUUACCGUAUUAUGACUGGUAAUAAUACCAGGGAAGAAUCUCCACAGCAACAAUGGUGGUACUCUUCAGGAACUGUCGAACCCCAACAAACAUCUCCUACGCCCCAAAACCAGUCUAGUCCUGAUUCUGAGCAGAGUCAGCAGGCGAAUGGUAUCCAACAGAACCACCAGAGCUUGCAACAAGCUCAGCAAGAGCAAAGCCAAGCUAUUCAGCAACAACAGAAUCAAUUGCAGCAGCAGUUGCAACAACAACAACAGCAGAAUUUGCAACAACAACAGCAGCAGAACUUGCAGCAGGCAUUGCAGAACCAACAGCAAACAUUGCAGCAAAUGCUUCAACAGCAUCAACAAAACCAACAGCAACAACAACAGCAACAGCAACAACAGCAACAACAACAACAACAACAACAACAACAACAACAACAGCAGCAGCAGCAACAGCAACAACAACAGCAGCAAUUGGCACAGAGUUUACAACAAACCCUUAAUGUGAGCCAAGCUCAAGCACAGGCAAUUGUGCAAGCUCAGGCAGUGUUGCAGCAACAAGUUGCUCAAACACUGCAACAACAGUCACUCCAAGAUCACAUGCAAGCGGUCCAACAACAACAACAAAUUCAAGCUGCCCUUCAGAGACAAUCGGCUACUUUACAGGAGCUACAACAGCAGGCCCAACAGCAAGCUUUGUUAGCCCAGGCUGCCGCACCCAAAGGCAGGAUGCCCCGGUCCCGGCCUUAUAACAAGCCUCGUGGACGGAUGACUGCUUAUGCUUUCUUCGUACAAACAUGCCGUGAGGAACACAAGAAGAAACAUCCGGAUGAAAACGUGAUAUUCGCAGCCUUCUCCAAGAAAUGCGCUGAGAGGUGGAACACAAUGUCAGAGAAGGAGAAGCUAAGGUUCCACGAGAUGGCAGAACAAGACAAGCGUCGCUACGACCUAGAGAUGCAGAACUACGUGCCGCCCAAAGACGUGAAGGUGCGCGGGCGCAAGCGGCAGGUCAAAGAUCCCAACGCGCCCAAGAGAUCGCUAUCGGCGUUCUUCUGGUUUUGCAACGAUGAACGCUCCAAGGUGAAGGCGAGUAACCCCAUGUAUUCUAUGGGAGACAUCGCUAAAGAGCUCGGGAGGCUUUGGGCGGCCGCUGAUGCCGAGACCAAGUCCAAGUAUGAACAACUAUCUGAGCAAGACAAGGCGAGAUACGAUAGGGAGAUGACAGCCUACAAAAAGGGCCACCUACUAGCGCAACAACAGCAAGAACAGAAAGCUGAAGAAGAAGAAGGAGAUUACGAAGGGGAAGAAUAUGAAACUGAAGCCACAGCUUAGUGUACUUGCUCUUUAGUCAUGCCACCAAACUGUGACACUCUGUAUUUGAAAGUGAUAGAAUUUCUUUAAGGCCUUUUUUCUAACCUUUAAUGCUAUUCCACUUUUCUAAAUUACUUACUUGAAUCAUUUAGGACACGAUCGAAUUUAGUUAAGUGGAAUACGAGCAUUAAUGAGCCGCAUUGCCAUAAUUUGAAUGCAUAACAUUUUUGGCAUUAUCGUUAUUUUUUAUAAUUAAAAAGUUAUGUGAAAUAACGAUAAUGCCAUUUUGAAACUAUGCCAUUAAAGUUUAUUUUGGUACCAAUGUGGAGUCGAUGCACUAUUGUAGGAACAGUUUUCUCUAAUUGUACUGUUUUCUUCAGUACAAAAUACCUACUUCAAUAAUUUUUGAUCAAAAUGUAAACAAAGAAGUUCUAUUGAUUUUUUAUGAACAAAUCAAAUGAUGAUAUGGUUUUUUUUGUCGAGUCGAAAUAUCUACGAUAUUUAGGGCUGGAUGAUGUUAGCCUAAUAUUGGGCUAUAUAAAUGGCCCUGUAAUUUUUGUUUAUUUUUUUAGGCAUAAGAAAACAUGUAUGCAUAAAAGCAAUUAACAAUAAAAACAAUAUGCGUGCGGACUCAAAACUUUCUCAAAGAAGAACAGUGCCGCCUUUAAAAAUAAUUGUUUACACUUUGAAACUCUACUUGGAAUCGCAGUUGUAUGUCUUUAGAAGAAUCUUCAUCUAUCUGGAGGAUAGAAUACUUCUGGUUAGUAUUACUUUGAUUAGUGAAAACUUGUUAUAAUAAUGCGCGUUUUGUUUGUACAUAAUUUUAGUAAUAAUCAAUGUUGGUCUCUUAACCUCGGCCUUUGGGGUAACAUAGAAGAUCAUUCGUUUAGUUACUAAUAUGAUUAUGAGGUUGCGAUUAGAAAUUAAAGAAUAACUAUUAGUUUUUAUUUCUGUCUUGUAGUAUCUGGCUAGAUUUUUAUUUUUGUCAAGCUGAGUUUACCAUUUGUAAUGUUGAAAUAUUGUUUGUAAUGUAUUUUGCAGUAUGCAUGUGCGCUUUAUCACACAACCAACUUAAAGUUUUUUUGUUUAGUUCGCUGGUAGAGAAUGCCGAACGGCAUUAAGUCCUCCUUUUGCACAUUUUUUUGUGCAAUGAAGUUUUAAAUAAAUAUCACCAACAUUUGUGCGAGUCUCUUGAGUGUAUCAUGCAGCUUGUCUUGUUAAAAAGAUUGUUAGGCAGAUCAGUAAUUAUUUUUUUAAAGUAUCUUAAAAUGUUUUGGUAACGUUUCACGCAGAGCAAGCUUACGGCGUAGGUUUUCGAAAGUGACCGAUGAUAUUAUGCAAAAGUGACCAAUGAUAUUUUGUUAUAGUGACGUUUUGCAUUACAACCAUUAGAAUUUCGCGCCUACUACGGGCACAUCCGCCUCCAUUUUUAUAUACUCGAAUAUUUUUAUACAUCAACUGUUUUCUCUACAAGGGAUGUACUUGUUUUGUACCAGUUAUAGUCUUAGGUUUAUACUUAAUACUCGGGAAUAAAGUUGUAUACCAAUUGUCCAUACUUAUAAAUUUAUUUUUGAGAUGUGUGAUGAUGUAUUUGAAAUAAUUUGUGCUACUUUCAUAUUGUUACAAAUUUAACUGGUUGAGUUUUUAUUACCUAUGCCGACAAUGACAAUAAUACUUGUCUAUUAAAUACAAAUUAUUUUCCAUUAUCAUCGAAAUGACUCACAUAAAAUCUCACAAAAGUUCAUGAAUUUGGACAAUUUUACUCACUGAAUAGUCGAAUACUACUAUUUAUAUUAGUCAGCAAGGGAAAUGCUGCGCGGCAGGAUUUUAAAAUUUCAGUGCAAAAUCGGUUCCUUCUAUCAGUUAUUCUCGUAUAGAAUAAUGAACACAAACAGUUAUGAAUUAAACAAUUAGUCUAUCAUAUAGUUUAACUUAGAAUUCUAUGGUAGUCUUGUUUAAAUGUAUGUUUUAUUGUUUCUCAACUUAAUUACGUAUUUUCCCGAUAUUGAUAUUUUCCAUUCAAUAAUAUAGCGUGUUAUAUAAUAAGCAUUAAUUGUUUAUGACCCAACUCCUAAAAGUUGUCAAAUUGGUGUGAAGUUUGCAUUGCAGAUUUAGUAAAGAUUUAUUAAGUAUUAAAUAUCAUGUCUACCAUUAAUUUAAUGGCUAAAUGAUAUAUUUUUAAGUUACCUCAAGAAAAUCUUGUCUUUUUCUGCAAUUUCUAACUUGCCUUGUAAUAACUAAACAUAAUAAAAGUGAUUGUGAUUCGUAAUAAUUUAACCUAAGUUCUGUGUUUCUAUGUACUAGUAUCGGUCAAAUAAAAGGUGUGGCCUUAUAUUUGUAUUUCGAGCGGUAACAUCAGCAAUAGUAUAACAGGAACAAUUAACAAAAUAAAUGUUAAGUCCAUCGAAUAGUAAGUGAUUAAAAAUUAGAAAAUAAGUGAUUAUGUGCGGAGCGCGCGAAUGUAUGAGAUUUUGUUAUUUCUUUCACACACGAAUUUAGUAACUAUGCAUGUGAAAAGCAUGGGAGACUAAUGCGUCAGUUCUAUAACUAAGUGCUUAGCUACUAAGUUCAUGUAAACGUUUCAUUACGGCAAAUUGUAAAUAGUUAAAUUAUAUUCCUUUUUUUUUGACAUUAGAUAUUUUAUGUUCUGAUUCGUUUUCGUUGCGAUUAUGUGAGAUUGUACUUUCGAGAGAAAUCUAUUAAUUUGAUUGUAUUGUUGAAAAUGUACAUACAUACAAAUGACUGCAAACCGUGAUAGUACUUAAUGUAUAGGUAGCGUCUUGAGUAAUGCUAGCUCUCCGGAUCAGCAAGUCUGUUAUAAACUUUUGUUCGUUAUUAUAAGGUCCUUUUAAGGGCACUACAAAAGAUUUUAUUGAGAAAAAAUAUAUUUGUACAUAAUCAGAUUUUUAUGGUAACUUGGUUAGCCUUUAUAGGUUGUCUUUUAAAUACAUAUUUGCAUUUUUAUAAUGUAGAUAUGUUUUAGGUUAUGCCUUUUUCUUCGUUUUCAAUAUCUAAUUAACCUUAUAUUUCAGCGGCAUAUUUAAGUCAAAAAAGUUAACACUAAAUUCUGAUAAUCUUCAUCAGUUUAUGAUAGACUUGUUACAUGUAACCUUGUAUCAAUAUUGUUUUAGUGAUUUGAAAUUUCUAGUGAUCGAUCAGAUAAGCAAAUCCACAAGAAAUAACUAGUUGUUGGAUAGAAGGUAACAUAGUGGGGUCGAAUGAGAAAUAUUUUUAAGGCGUGUAACGAAGGCGAUAUUGUGUUGAAUUUGUGAAUCGCUCACUGUACAAAACAAUAUAGUGAAUCUUUUACACAA